AAUCUGGUAUCGGUUUGGUGGUGCGGGACUUCACCCCGAAAAUAUUAUUAAAAGCGAAAUAUUAUACUAAAGUUUUUAACAUUUUAUAGUGGUUACCUAAUUUUGGAGAAGUGUAUAGUGUUAAUGUUUAUAGUGAUAACUAUUUAAUAUGUAGUCUAUUUAGUAUUGACUAAUAAUUUAUAAACCUUUUGUUUCUGGGCUAAGGUUAAGUGUGUGAUUUAUUACCACAUCUGUGUAUUUCUAAACAUGAAUAGCGAUAAAAGAGCUCCUAUUAUCUUGAAAAAGAACAAUAUAUCCUUGUUUAAGAGAAAUUGUUUAACUAGAGACUCGACGUUAUUUCAAUGUAUGAAUAAGGCUAAUUCUGUUGUAGUGAAAGAAGAUGUUAUUUAUACGUCAACGCCAGGAGAUUUUUUAAAGGGGGAAUACCCUGAUUUGAUCAUCAUAAAUAGGUUAAAUAUAUUUACAAACAGCAGUCGCACAACUGCGAAGUAUAGAUGUGGGGCAUCUAGUAUCAUUGAACGAACAUCCGACGAAGUGACAAAACUGAUUGGCCAAAAGAAUUACGACACUCUCUUUGCAGCGUUAUGUUCAGUCAUCAGCCAGGAGUAUAGGAUACAGGGAAUUCUUGCUUUAUUAACAGUUCAGAAAAGCAACAAAACUGUUUCUUGUCAAAGUGAUAUAACAAAUUCUGAUACGAGGGUAGAGCUAAGUAAUAUUUCAUGCCAAACAGAUGAAACUUGUUUUGAUCUUAUACAAAGACUGAAACAAAAGAGAAAAAUAAGAAAACCACAGCAAACACCUUACGUUGUACAAGAACCAAACAAGGUAAAGAAACUUGUCAUAAUACCUAAGCACUUUAAGGACACCCGUAGGAUAAUUGACAUAGAAGAGAAAUUAAAGAAAGAAAACACUGAUAAUCCUGCAGAAGAAAGUUUAGAUCAGGAUAACGAGUAUAUAAAUGAAAAAGAAACAGUUUGUGCUUUAAAAUUUCCUCUAGAAAAUAGUGCCUGUGUUGAAAAAGCUACAAAUAAUGUAUUGAAGGACAGUGGUCAGGCGAUUAAAACAGAAAGUGGCAAUGAAACUAGUUUCCCAGAAUUAAGGCAAUUUGUUGAUGAGGACAGUAAUAUAUCAGAUAUAAGUUGUGGCAAGAUAUCUAUUAACAGCUUGGGCAUACCAAAUCUAGUAGAUAAUCCAAUUGAUAUAUUAGUCAACAUUGAUAAACAUACUCAGGAGUCUGUGAGCCAACAGGGAACUACGCUUACUAUGCUUGAUGGUACACAAGUAGGAAUACACGGCACAUUUGAAGAUUAUUUCCAUAUUGCAAAAGCGGAGACACUAAAGACUUUAAGUCCAAGUGAACGGUCUAAAGUGAUGUGGUAUCAAGCAUAUAUUGAUUGGAAAUUAUGUUUAGUGAAAGAUGAAGAUGGUAAUUUGCCAAUUCAUAUGGCGGUUUUAAGCAAUGACAUAGACCUGCUGCGGCGGCAGUGCGUUGUGUUGAAAAGUAGACAGGAAUCAGUGGACUUACCUGCAAGCGGCAAUGUUACGGCUCUCCAGAUGUCUAUAUCCCAGGACUAUGCAUCAUGCACCGCCGUACUUCUGCAGUAUGGCGCUAACCCUCUGGUCACUGACGACGACCAGCGCACCGCUGUCCAUCUCGCCGCAGAGAUGAGCCCCGACCACUUGAAAGCGAUCAUAAACUGCUGUCGGAAUAAUGCGCGAUACAUCCUUGAGGAAAAUGAUUGCUGGAAACCAGAGUUCGAUACAAUGACGCCCGAGGACCUCGCAAAAUAUCUCUUAUCAAAAGUAUACUUAAUGUACGAUAGUCAAGGUUACACCCCCUUAAUGCUUGCCAGUAAGCAAGGAAACUACGCCAACGUUGAAUUGUUGCUGGAAUCUGACACCAGUACUGUUAACUUGCCGAUGCCCAAUUGUGGCAACACCGCGCUCUAUGAAGCCGCCGCGGCCGCUUGCAUUGACGCUGAGAAAAGAUCCAACAAAUCCCAAAUAGCUGAAAAUUAUCUGAAGACAAUUGAAACUUUAAUAAAACUAGGAGCUGAUCCCAGUAUAGAAAAUUGUUCAGGUCACUCCGUUAAUCAUCUACUCAAUGAAAUAAGCAACCGAGAGUUGUCAAUGUUAGUCGCAAACACAAUUGUCUCAUUGAAAUAUUCAGAUUACGAUAGCGAUCUGAAGAAAGAUUUCAAAUCAUUCAUGUUGGUGAAAGAACAAGAUGGGGAUGUGACUGUUAAAGAAUUAAAUAAAGAAAAAAUACAAAUAACAUCGAAAGAUAACGUUAAAAUUUCUCCCAUAGCGAAACAAAAAGUUACACCUUCGCGUAAAAUUAUACCAGUAGAUAAAAACGAUUUUAUUAAUAAAACUUCAUCUAAAAUAAAAAAACAUGUGAUAAUUCCAUACGACAAAACUAUUAAACGUAAAGUAGACCAAGAAGGAGGAAAUGUUGGCGUUUCAACUGAAGUUAAUAAAAAUAAAAAGAUUAAAAAUAUUAUAAUUGUACCCGCACAGAGUGGUAGUGGAUAUGUGAAAAAUAUAAAAAAUAUGACAGAAAUAAAUAAAAUACAAUCAAAUCAAAUUCAUAAGAGGAAAAUCUUAAAAGUAUCAAGAAUCGAUUUAAACAAUGCGAUUAAUUCAUUAAACGUAUCAAAUGCAAAUGUCAUAGGAAAUAAUGUGAUAUCAAUAAGCAAUACGACAACGGCUAAAAAAACUCAAAGUACAAAUGAACCAACUAAUACUGCUUUGCCGAUAAAAAAGCAAAAAAGAGAUAUACAAAAUUAAUAGACUGAGUUUCCAUUGCUGAAAAACUUGUAUAAAAGCAUAAAUAUAACUCGACCAGGAAUAUAAAAUCCUCACCCCUAAGUAUUGAAGAAGGUCCCUAUCACAGAUUUUCCUUUAUUCCGUUUUGAAGAGUAAAAAAUAUACAUUUUUUAUAAUUUACAUGACAUUG